CAUAUCUCAGAGGGUGUGAGAAGUAAUUUUUAUUUUAUUUUUUUGACUGCGAAGUAAAAUUCUUUUAACCCUAACAAUAUUUUGUUUUGUUUUCACACCGACCGACCCACAUAGUUCAUGACUUCCAUCUUCUUCUAUAUUCAAUACCUAACUUGUUCUUUUCAAAAAACCACUUAUUAGGGUUUUAAUCUUAUUAUUAUUACUUGAACCAUGGAAGCUUUUCAAGAAACCAUUGAUGAUGAUUUCUGCAAUUGGAAUUGGAUAGCCUCAGAACUCAAUUAUGACUUAUUAUCGAGCAUGGAAUUCUCGGAAACCACCGAAUCCAACGACGACGACGACUCCGAUGAUUUCUGCAAUUCAAUCCUCUCUCAAUUCGGAAACUCCUCCGAUGAUGACGAUCAAAUCAUCUGCGCCGUUAUCGUUGCGAUGUCAAAAUCAUUGAAAGAAAAAAAAGUACCUUGUUCACCAGUUGCUUACUUGUAUGCCACAUGCUCUUCCUUGGAUAAUCUCGAACCCCCUGACUUCCUCAUCGACGCGCUUUUCAUUAUCCUCUCCAUGGUUAUCGUUAGAGUUCCUGUCUCUGUGUUGAAGAAGAAGAAAGAGUACUUGUCCAAACUCGUCCUAAGAAUCCUCCAAUAUCGUUUAGCUACUAAGACCUCAAUUAUUCUUGGAUUGAAGUGGUUCUCCUAUUCUUUAACUUACACCGACGGUCUCAUCUGGUCUCAUGUUUCUCCGUUUAUCUAUGUUUUGCUAGGGUUUCUAACUGAUUCACGACGCAAGGUCAGACAGCAAUCUCAUUUGUGUCUCCGUGAUGUAUUGUUGAACUUUCAAAAUUCUCCACUAUUGUCUCCUUUAAGCGAAUACAUAUUUGAAAGGUGUAUACUGCCAGCUGCUGAUGAUCCAACUAAGGGAGUCAAACCACUUCUGUAUAUUCUUGAUGCCUUGGAGAAAUGUCUUCCUAUUUUGUCAUCUGAAUACCAGACCAGUGUUCUUAAGUACUUCAAAAGUGUCUUGGAUAUGAGUCAACCCCGAGUCACAAGGCGUAUAACUGAUGUUUUGAUGUUACUCUGCCUUUAUCCAACAUCGGAGUUUUCCCCUGACGCACUACUUGAGUUGUUAACAUCAUUUGCUCGCUCUAUCUCAUCAAAUGAAAUGUCAUUGUCUGGAGAUGGAAUGACAGUUACUGUUCGCUUGCUUGAUACUGGAAUUAACAAAGUUUAUUCUCUUAACAAGCAAAUAUGCGUAAGCGAGUUGCCUACUUUCUUUAAUGCUCUCAAAGAUGUUUUGACAUCUCAACAUGAAGAGGCCAUAUGUGCAGCCACCACUGCACUCAAGAACAUUAUCAAUUCUUGCAUCGAUGAAACUUUGAUUAAACAAGGAGUGGAUAUCAUAACAUUGGAGGAAAACAAAAAAUCAAGGACGUCUGGACCAACCAUUAUUGAAAAAAUUUGUGCAACUAUUGAGAGCUUACUUGAUCAUAUCUAUGUUGGUGUCUGGGAUAGAGUAUUUGAAGUUGUUUCAUCCAUGUUUCAUAAAUUAGGAAGUUAUUCUCCUUACUUAAUGCGAGGAAUACUUAAAAACUUGGAGUACAUGCAGAAGCUACCUGAUGAAGAUUUUCCCUUUAGGAAACAGCUACAUGUAUGCCUUGGAUCAGCUCUUGUUGCAAUUGGACCAGAAAAUUUGCCAUCCUUUGUACACAACCUGAAUGUGGAAGCUGAAGAUUUAUCUGAAGCAAAUAUAUGAUAAUUUCUAUCUCUUUGCUGCUUCAAGAUUUUUUUUUAUCUAUUGGCACAUUAAGAAUGAAUUAGAAUAUUCAAUUUAUUUUAUUUUUUUUAGAUUAAAAAAUUAUUUUGUUAGGUAGUGGUGUGUUGGAAAGUAUCAAAAUAUUAAAUAUUUAUUGUUAUUAGUGGUGUGUUAAGAAUGAUUGUCCUGAUUUUAUUAGUAAUAAAUUGUCAUAUUUUAAUUGUUUUGGGUAUUAAAACACAUAUUACAAAA